AUGGAUGCUUCGUUGUACAAGGCAGCAGCAGAAGGCAAAAUUGAAGAAUUCAACAAUCACCCAGAGCUUCAACUUGAGUCGCUGAAGACCCCAAACCAUGAAAACGUGCUUCAUGUUAACUUGGCAACCUCCCAGUAUUAUGCCUCGUUUAUGUCGGAAUUCUCUCAAGCAGAUGCUUUUUCAAGGAAUGGACAUUCUGCUAUUGUGAAACUUCUAAUCAGGUCUUGCGCAAAAGCUAGAGACGGAGAUUUAGAGAAGCUGGGAAUGGAUCAAGUAAAUGCAGUGAGGGAGAUGUUGAGGAUUAGGGAUCAGGAAUCCAACACGGCCUUACAUGAAGCAGCAGGGUGUGGCAAUGUUGAAGUGGUGAAAGCAUUGUUGGAGUUUGAAGACCCUGAUUUUCCGUAUUUUGCCAACAAAAAACAGGAGACUCCACUUUACAUAGCAGCUAAGAGGAUAGGAUCUGCGCGCUUGUUGACUCUAUUAUUAGAUAAAUUCAAAUCAACUGGUCAUGGCGGCCCCCACGCUAGAACAGCUUUGCAUGCAGCAGCUAUGGCUGGAGAUGCUGAUUUAGAGGCAAUAAGGGUAAUUUUAAAUAAGAAGGGGAAUUUGACAAAAGAAAGAGAUGAAGAUGGACACACCCCUCUUCAUUAUGCUGCACACUUUGGUCGUAGAUCCUCAGUUGUGGAAGAACUGUUAAAAUGGGAUGUAUCAGCUGCUUAUAUAGGUGAUAAAAAGAGGGGGAUGACACCCCUUCUUAUGGCAGCCAGGCAAGGUUAUCAUGAAACAGUUUUAAGGAUUCUCUCUUUAUGUCCAGAUUGUUGUGAAAAAGUGGACAACAAAGGUUUGAAUUUACUUCAUUAUCUGGCUUUUAGAGGCUCUUCCUCCCCAUUAGGGCCUAUCUUUUUCGAGUUUGGUGGUAGUGAGAUUGUAAAUGGAUCAUUCAGAAAUCUAAGAAAGUUGGAAGGUGCCUUUGGAAUGACACCUCAAGAAGUUUAUAAUGCACUUCAACCUGACGAACAUCAUCAUAAACAGAAGCAAAUCAAAGAAUUGUUGGAAGAAAUUGAGAAUGAUCAAGUGGCGGACGAACCAGUCAUUCGAUUUGGCGUACAAAAUAUUUCUAAAGAAAGCUUGGAGAAGACAAGAGAUGCUCAUUUAGUAGUGGCAGCACUUAUAGCCACCGUCGCAUUUGCAGCGGUAAUAACUGUUCCAGGUGGUUUGCAGAGUGAAAAAGGGUCAGAGCAAGGCACUCCCCUUUUAAUUCAUGAGGUAGUGUUUAAAGGAUUCGUUGUGACAAAUGCAUUGGCCUUUAUUUUCUCUGUUUCUGCCCUCACCAUCCACUUCGGGGUUCUGGAUAUUAUAUUAUCAAGAUUUAAUUUUUUUCGUCAAACAGUUUUACGAACUAAGUAUGUUUCUGUGAUCAUUGCCUAUGCAACGCUGGCAAUGGUGAUUGCUUUCAGCACAGGCAGUUAUGUGAUCUUAAAACCUUCCAACGGACUUGCCAUUGUUUCGUGUCUCAUCUACCCUGCCAUUUUGAUGGUAAUUUUGAUUUCUUCUAUGUAUAUGGAAAACAAUUAACAUUUCAAAACUAAUAAA